ACACCAACAUUAAGGAACAGGACUUUCACAUCAAUUACCUUACAAUGGGAGCCUGUGAAUACUACAAAUGGUACCUCUGUGUACUUGAUUGCCGUGGAGCUUGAAGGGGAUUUCUACAAAUUUUCAUACUUCAUUAACACGGUGCGCACCCAGUUCAGAAUAUCAUUUUUCUUGAAAUUUAGCAGGCCAACCUGUCAAUUUAUUUAUUCUCAUUUAUUUUUAUCUAAUUUCCUCAAUCCAUACCACAGCGUGCGAGUACUAAAUACAAAAAUAGUAAUUACGUUACAUAAACAGCUGCAUUGUGAAUCAACUGCUUUAAAGUGAGAAGUUAUUUUAAAUUUGAGACACUGGGGAGUUAACACAGUUUUACUUCCAGAAGUCGUAAUAGUCUCCAUUCUAGUCCAGCGCUAUAAUGUUUUAAGAGCUACAGUCAUGAUCGCCAGCAGUACCUACGAAUUGGCUCUGAAAUAUCCGGAAUGCGUAAAUCUACACACGGAGUUCCUCAAGGAUCCAUUCUGAAACCGGCCUUAUUAAUGUGUACAUCAACGAUUUGCCUGGUGUUUUAGAUGAUUGCUCCUUACAAUCCUUCGCAGAUGAUUCCAAAUUACAUCUAUCAUUCCCAGUCAAGGACAUCGACAGCGCAGCUCGACAAAUAACAGAAGAGCUGAAGGAAGUUGCCUCGUGGUGCUGUCAAAAUAGCCUUCUAAUCAACCCUGAUAAAACGAAAUUGCGCUUAACUGGUACCCGUAAAAUGUUGCAAAAUGUGCCUGUAGAUCUUGAUUUACAUGGUACUUUAUUAGAGAAAGAGCUGCGCCCGGUUCCUUCGGCAAAGGACCUUAAAGUGCAUAUGGAUGCCACCAUGAGUUUUGAUGACCUCAUAAAAGUAUUUAUGUCAAUUUAAUAGGGACUGAAACAUCAUUCUUUUAGACACAGACACUUUAUUAAACGUUAUCAAUGCUUUAGUCUCUAUAGGAAACUCUACUACUGUUCUUCCGUUAAGCGUUAAAGUACAGAAUUGAACAAGUACAAUGAAUAAGAAUAUCAGUUAAUUACAUCAUGCUCAAAACCUUCGCAGCUAGGAUCAUAACCUGUUCGUAUAAAUUUGAUCACAUCACCCCUGUUCUAAAAUCUCUAUACCUGUUGCAACCAUGCGUGUCUACAGCGAAGGCAUAUUAGCUUUCAAGUGCUUAAGAGGAUUGGCACCAGACUAUCUGCCCCUUGCACAGUACCUGCCGCUGGCCAAAGGACCUUUCAUUGUCGGGCCGUUUCACCGUCGAACACCCUACCCGAAAGGCUCACUAAGAUAACAAACAUUGCGGCAUUCAAGAAGGACUAUGCGUUAUUUAAAACUCUCAGUAAGCAGUCUAUUUUUAAGACAAGGCUGCUUAUAUUACUUUUGUCUUUGUAACGGAGAGAAUCAGAGGCUAUGUUGCUGAUAUCUUGUUAAAAUCUAGUGAAUAUAUAGUUUUAUAGUUUUAUUUUUUUUAAAAAAAUGUUUUAUAUUUUUAUAGUACUGAUAUUGAUGAUAUUUGAUAUUGAUGCACUUACAUUGAAUAGCCAUCCGUGGAAAGGAAUAAAGUUAUUGCGGGCGAUAAUAGGAGCCCGCAAUUCUAAUCUCCGGGUUCUUGUUACGCAUGUGCCGCAUGUAUGUAGCCAGCAUUCAUUUGGACUGUCACUAAGAAUGAGCAGAAAUGCUCAGAACCUAACUUGAUCACACGCGUUUCGACCUUCUACCCCUCGUAAUCUUAUCACCCGUGUUUUGACCAUCUGUCACGUGAAACUUACGCAAAGCACAGCGUUGGAGUAAAAGCGUUUGGACCUUCGAUCGUCGCCUGCACUCCCUAACCUUUGGUUAUUACUAGUUAGUUAUAGACGAGUAGCCUUGAGCCAUUAUAUGGUUCUUAAAGGUUAAUAUCUUUUCUGUUCUUGCUGACGUUCUUAUUUUAUCAAAUCUCAUGUUUAGGUAUUAUUAGUUCCUCGCAUUACUAUCAGUACGUCAUCGCUGUGCCGAAAAGUCAGGGCAGGUUUUCCUCGCCAAUCUUUCAAUGGUAUCCACUACAAAUACCACGUAGCGGUCCUUACAGAGAAUUCAUCUAUCAGCAUUGGGACAAAAACAACUGACAACCUAAGUAAGUAUAUUGAAGAAGAUAUGAAUUUCUUCAAAUUAAGUAAGCGAUAUCUCGCUCGCUCAGUGAUUGGUAAAAAGCAGAGGCCAUUGAAUUGACGUCUGGCGCAAUAUGUUUUUUUUUUCCUAAUACGCGUUCGAUUUUAGACGUCAAAAAAAUGUAAAUUAAUCUUAUUUGAAAAACAAACAAACAAACUGUUCAUGUUUUGUAUUUUGUAAAUGACGUCAAAAUGUUCAUAGCUUUCCACUUGAGUUUUGAACAUUUUAACGUUAUUUCUAUGGUCGAUAAAAGUAUAGACCAUGAAUAGUUGCUGUCGAUUUGCCGGGUCGAUUUGUUACCGCUUUAUCUGCUCGGAGUUAUUGUUGCCAUCGAAAUAUUCAAAUUUGAUAUCCAAAGCAGCAGUAGCUUACUCUUACUUCAAGAUUAGCUCCGGUUUGGGCUGUAAUAGUAGAAGAAUAUAUAAUUGUAAGGAACAUCAUUUUAGACUACGAAUGAUCAUUUUUGGCUUUUCAAACUUUUAAAACUGAGAUAUGACAAUUCUUGCCUAAGGGUUUAAUAAUGAGUCAUUUCCAGUCGCUAUCUAAAGACAAAGUGAAGAUAAGGGCUUCACUUUUGACACAAAAUUCAAAAACUCAUUAAUAAUUCAUAUAGAAAAAAAGGAAUUAAUUUUUAAUGAGUGUCCGUUAUAUCUGAUACUGAGACACAGCUAAAAUUUAAGUCCCGGGCAAUUUUUUUUUAGACCAAAAUAACCCCAAAUCUAAACAUGAUUACUGCAAGAAUGAGUUGAUAAUAUACUCUUGCUCGCUUUUUAAACAGUAUGUAAUUUCUGUUCUAUAAUAAUUAACAUUUAUUUUCACAUCAAGUUAGCACUUGCCCUCAAGUUGUAAUUGAGACAGUAAUAGAGGGUUUUUGGACCGUUGUCGGAUCGCUAAGUCUCCACUUUUGUUGUAAACGUCACUAUAAGACCCAUAAAGGUGCCUCAAUCAAUCGCAAUCGUUAACUCUGUAAUAUAUAACGCUAUGCUGAUAUUCAUCAAAUUCUAGAAUUGUUUUGUUUCCAUCGUUGAAACUUUUGUAUGGUAUUAUUAUCAUAUGGAACCAUCAUUACCAUGAUGAUAAUUUAUUAUAAAUAAUCAUUAAUAUCUAGAACAAACACAAAUGAAAUUAUUAUUGUAAAAAGUCAAAAUUUUGACGUCCUCGUAACGCGAUAUCAUAAUCAUUAUCACUAGGACCAUCACCAUCAUCAUUAUUAUUAUCAUCAUCAUCACCAUCAUCAUCAUCAAGUGGUAGUGGUAGUGGUAGUGGUAGUGGUAGUGGUAGUGGUAGUGGUAGUGGUAGUGGUAGUGGUAGUGGUAGUGGUAGUGGUAGUGGUAGUGGUAGUGGUAGUGGUAGUGGUAGUCCAUCACCAUCAUCGUCAUCAUCACCAUCAUCAUCAUCGUCAUCAUCAUCAUCAUCAUCAUCAUCAUCAUCAUCAUCAUCAUCAUCUCAGCAUCUCAGCAUGAUUAUCAUCAUCAUACAGAUAAAGUACUCCAUAAAUAUUGACUCCUGUUGUUGGUCUGGCCGUACAAGAAAGCCGCGUAGAAUCUCACAAUGCGGGUAAACGCACUUAGAACCUAUUACUAGAUAUUCUUAAAAGAGGGGGAAGUUUUUUCAUUAAUUAGAGUACGUUGUUAGAAAUUUCUUUCAUUUUAUCUUUUAGUACCACUUGUGCCCGAAUCUGCUAGCAAUGUAACUAUCAACAGUAUUGUAUAUGUUGCCAAUCCACCUGAUGGCCAGUCCGGCAAACUGAAGCUGACAGCGGCUUGGAAGCAGCCACAAGGUAGGUAGCAUGCAUCAUAUAUUAGGCUGAUUUAGCAACAGAACGGGAAUGUCAUUUGACGACGGGAAAGCGCGCGGAAAGGACUAAACUCGACUUAAUUCCGGGGCCCAAUUUGUCGCCCUACCACUGACGUUCCCCGUUCUUUUGCUAAAUGAGCCUAUUGAUUUGACCUCCAAACUGCAUUAUGUAAACUUGCAUGGUAAACAUUCUUUAUAGAUUUUUACAGACUCGCCACAGCUUAGUACUCGAGCUCAAUAGCUUUCAAACAACUGUUAUAACAGAGGAAUUUUUAGUGAUAGCCUUAACUUUUAAAACCUAAAGGACAGGACACAGCUUUAAUUGAAAUUGUUCGAUUCUGAAUAUGGUAACUAAAUUUGUUAUUACACAUAACAUAAGCAAAUGUAAAGAGUAAAUGCAACCUCUCCGUUCUUCAUGAUAAUGUUAAUUACAGUAACAGACCUGCAAAGUUGAACAACCUUUAUUCACUUUCUUUGCUCAAUUUAUUCAGUAUAGUUCGAACAUUUUAGAGAAAUUCUAUCCGGAAAACUUAGACCAUAUCAAUGCAAACAAAUAAAAUUGAUUAACUAUGUGAACUUAAGCUACGACUCUCUUACCAGUAAUUCUUUGGUCCUUGUCUUCUGUCAAUGUGAGCGAUCACGGCCUGGUUCCAGGCGUUCAGAUACUAGAGCGCGAGAGAAUAAUUAACGAUCAAAAAUCUAAACUGGCUGUGAGCCACAAAACUCACACAUUUUUGGCAAGAGGACGGUCGGACACUCGUUGCAAGAUAAAAAAAAGACUACUUAUUAGGGAUUCAGAACCUUCCCUAAAUGAAAAUAUCAGGGUUGAAAAACGGUUUAUUACUUUUGAAGAUGUAUGUUUGGGAGAAGGGGAACCUAGUUUCCCUUGCUCUCGCCCCAUUCUCGCCUCAUUUUUCCCUCUGGUUUUCCCCCACGUGCCGUUUAAAUCGCUCGCCACCAUCUCAGCUCUGAACGCCUGGAACAGGCUAUGCGAGUGACUGUAACCAUGGUAACGGCAAAUUAUCAGCCAGUUGGAAAAAAAGGUGCCAUUUCGGAAAAUGUUAUGGUAUUACUUUUAAACUGUAAAAAGUAAGAUUAUAUGUAACCUCUAAAUAUUCGGGAGAAUGGUUCUGUUUUGAUUUGAAAAUAGUUUACUUUUAACUUACCCGGGUAAUAACUAUAGUACUUGUAAACUUAUUACAAGUAGCAGGUUCUUAAUCCAUACGAAUUAUCCGUAAAUCUAGUUUCUAUUUAUCUUCGAAACUUUUCGAACGUUAUAUUUUUCUCUAGUCCAUCCAUAUUUUUUUCCUGCAACUUAGUUUGGACCUCUGCCAUCAAAACUAACCUUAUUCGUCUUGAGAUUUUACAGAAACGAGUGAUCAGAACUAUAGCUAAAACUCCUUUCGAUGCACAAACUGAUCCAAGCUUUCAAAUCUUGGUAUCUUAUUAUACUUACAUUACUUGCCAAAAUUUUCGGACGUUAAAAUUUGGGACGUUUUAUUUGGGACGUUUAAUUUUCGGACACUUUUUAUCUCAUUUCGGACAUAUUUCGGACCAAAAAUUCGGACACUUUGCUGAAACACGGCGAAAGUAGAUUUACGCCUAUAAAAAAUGAAUAUAGACUGAAACUACGUCUGUGACAUUGAUCAUUUUACUGCACCCUCAAGGUUUUACAGAUACACCGUCCGCCGAGAAAAUAACACAAAUUCUAUCAAGUCGUAAUCUCAAGCAGUGUUUCAACUAGAGUUCGCUUCAAAAAGGAAACUAACUAAAGGGUUUUGGAGCUUAAAGUGGCUCAAUGAUCUGCAACCAAGAUCUUCAAAAGGAUCGUCUGGUUCUAGUUCCUAAGUAACAGCUUCCACUAUUCCAGCCAUCUUAAAAACCCUUUCUUAUCACUUCGGGUUUGUUUCGGCGGUGGUCGUACCAGCCAGCGGGCGUGAAUUGACUUUAUUACAGAUAACUUGGUGUUGACAUCAAUGAUGAGGAUGAAAAGUAUAGGCCUUCUCCAAUUGCAAAGGGAGGGCUUGAGAUAGUCCUCCGAACCACAUUUUAAACUUGACGACAGCGAGCGGUCCCUUCUUCACCGUCUGAAAGAACUUAUUGAAAACAACUACGAGCUUCUUUACGAAUCAGGUACAGAUGAAAAAGAAUCACUUGCUAGUGACAAUGAAGAGGAUAUCGCUCUGUCAAUUGUGUUCAUGACUGAUGAUGAAGCAGAAGAGGACUAG